CAAAAUUCAUUGCAAAAAACAAUUGCGAAUACUUCAUCAUUCCUCCGGCAUUUCAACACGUUAGUGAAAUACUUUGCGAACAAAAAGGAGGAGUUCUUGCGGUUGAUGCAAUAAAUAAUGGAAACAACCUCAAGAAACUUCUAUACCAUUUUACUCAAAAUGGACAAAUACUGACUGGUGUUUUUACGGGAUUUGAAAAAAUGGAAACGAAUUUUUUAGCACGCGGAGUCGCUAUAGACGUGUCUGGACCGGCGGCAAAAUGGUCACCAGGCCAUCCAGGAGACGUUUCGGAGAGUUGUGUAAUGGCAAAAUUAACUCCUGAUUGGUUCGACUACGGCUGGCUUGAAGAUGUUUCUUGCCAGCAGCUUCUACCGGGAUUGUGCGAAGUAUGCCGUUCCAUAGAACCUUCAAACGAGCAAACGUGCAAAAGUGGUAAAGUCUGUACAAUUGAGAACACGAUUUGUGUAGUUCAUGAAGGAAGCUGUUUCGAAGAAUGUGUGUGCGCAAAAGGUUACAUAUUUGAUCCUGCAAAACCAAUUUGCGUCCAAGAUAAUGCAUGUGACAGCGUUACUUGCGGACUAAAUGCGUGCUGUGUUUUUGACUCCAAUCUGAAUCGACCCACAUGUAGGUGCGAAGGGGACUAUCUACCCUCAAGCCCUAAUGAAGGAGAUGACUGCAGCUAUCCUUCGUGUUCUGCCCCAAGUUGUGGGAGCAACGCAAUUUGCGUUCGGAAUGUUGACACAUACCAAGACGAAUGUAUAUGUCUGGACAAUCAUAUACCCAAUCCUGCAACGGCAGGAGCAUGUGUUCAAAAUCCAUGCGCAACAGGAGGACUUAACUGUGGAGCAAAUACCAAAUGUUGUAUAACAAACCCCAGUACGGCAUCUGGUGAAUGCUUAUGUGACGAAAGAUACUACUACGUAACUGGAAGCACGACGGAAUGUUUUGAUCCAUGUGACAAUUCACUCAUCACAUGUGGAACAGGUGCAAUUUGUGUUGUAGAUGUGAGUGAUAUUUCUCUACCAAAAGGUGUUUGCACAUGUCCGACGAAUACUAUUACGCUUACGACUGCUGCCACUGGUGGAUGUAUCACCGACAAAUGCUCAAAUGGAGAUCUUCCAUGUGAACCUAAUUCACAAUGCCUCGUCAUAAACAGAGCCACAGGGAAACAAGCAUGUGUUUGCAAAGAAGGAUUCUACAAGAUCGCCGAUACUGAUGAAUCAGGAUGUUUUGAUCCGUGCGACGGUGUGAGUUGUACUGGAGCAUCUGAGAGUUGUGUGAUUGACUUUGGUGGGGCUACACCGGCAGGUGUGUGUGUAUGCAACGUGAAUUACAUUAGGAACUUUGAAAAUAACUGCGUUGCUGACGCAUGUGUCACAUUAACAUGUACUAACGGUGUUUGCGGAUUCAAUAAACCUCCAUCAUUUUCACAAGGAUGUGUUUGUAAACGUGGAUUUGGAUUCAAGAUUUCUUCCACUACUGUGUGCGAAGCAUGCCCACAAACAAAAUGGGAAUUCCCAAGCAGGAGUGUCAAUGAUUAUAUAAAAGUCAAUGAUCCAGAAGGUUUGAAACAGUUGAAUGCACUGACUUUAUGUGCGUGGUUGACCCCACCGUCUGGAAUGAGUUUUUUAGAAGGAUCUUUAUUCAGUCAUGCAACCAGUGGAUCAAACGAUAAAUUUAUGGUGCAAAUAAAAUCGUCUAGGCAGACUGUGUUUCUACAUUCUACUGCAAAUGGCCUGGAAAGGGUUGACUUUGAUCUAAGAAUUUCGAAACGAAGUCAUUUGUGUUAUGUGGUUGCAAGAGAGCUAUAUUAUGUGCAAUUGUAUUUAGACGGCAAACUUUUUGAUACAGUCCAAUACGACAGUAAUGAAAGCGACCCCGCGGAAACAGGGCAACAGGCAAUCGUAAUCGGUCAAGACCAAGACAGUAUCGGGGGCGGAUUUGAAGCAAAUCAGGCUUUUGAGGGGACCAUAGAAAAUCUAUUAGUAUACGACAGAGUUCUAAAACGCGAAGAGAUCAAGACUAUGGCCGCUGAUUCCUGCUCUUGCAUAACUGAUUAUUACUUAACUUUGGAACAAAGUAAGGUGACAUCACACGGUGGAGUUAUACAGGGCACUCCAGUUUCCUGUACCUGAAUGAAUUGAUUCAAAUCCAAAUUGAGUUGAUGGAUUUUAUUGUAUAAUCUGUGAUAGAUCGAAUGCAUAUAUAUCAUUCCAAAUUUUUAUUUUUUUUAUUUUAAACAAGAUACUUUCACUAUUGUGUUUUGCCCGAAGCUUUUUGUUGGACAUGUGACUUACUUAAACCAAUAAUUCAAUGUUAUACUCGAGACUAAUUUUACAUUGGCUGACAGAAGUAUCAACAUUCAAAUUACCAAUAUUUGUCAGUGGAACGCACCUGACUCAAAUAUUUGGACAAAAUUCAUCAUUGUAGUUCUAAUGAAUUUUUUGUCAUGUAUAUAUUAUGUUUUUGAAAAAUCUUGAAUAUUAAAGAGUAUUUCGGUGAUGUAGUUGACAAUAUCUUUCAGAGUUAAGAAGUAACUGAUUAUAUUGUGGAUAUAUUAUUUUUAUGAUUCAAUAUGUAUGUUUGAAAUGUCAAAUUUAUUUCUCCGUAUGGCACUUCAAACACCAUUUGCACCAAUUUGCAGAUCGCAACAAAUGAGAGACGU